UAUAAACAAGUGCCCUAUACAUAUACACAGAGAUUAAGGGAGUAACAGGGAGGACAUGUCAGGGGGUAACAGGGGGGACAGGUCAGGGAGUAACAGAGAGGACAUGUCAGGGGGUAACAGGAGGGACAGGUCAGGGGGUAACAGGGGGGACAGGUCAGGGAGUAACAGAGAGGACAUGUCAGGGGGUAACAGGAGGGACAGGUCAGGGGGUAACAGGGGGGACAGGUCAGGGAGUAACAGAGAGGACAUGUCAGGGGGUAACAGGAGGGACAGGUCAGGGGGUAACAGGGGGGACAGGUCAGGGAGUAACAGAGAGGACAUGUCAGGGGGUAACAGGGAGGACAUGUCAGGGGGUAACAGGGGGGACAGGUCAGGGAGUAACAGAGAGGACAUGUCAGGGAGUAACAGAGAGGACAUGUCAGGGGUUAACAGGAGGGACAGGUCAGGGGGUAACAGGGGGGACAGGUCAGGGGGUAACAGGGGGGACAGGUCAGGGAGUAACAUGUCAGGGAGUAACAGAGAGGACAGGUUAGGGAGUAACAUGGAGGACAGAUCAGGGAGUAACAUGGAGGGCAGGUCAGGGAGUAACAUGGAGGACAGGUCAGGGAGUAACAUGGAGGACAGGUCAGGGAGUAACAUGGAGGACAGGUCAGGGAGUAACAUGGAGGACAGGUCAGGGAGUAACAUGGAGGACAGGUCAGGGAGUAACAUGGAGGACAGGUCAGGGAGUAACAUGGAGGACAGGUCAGGGAGUAACAUGGAGGACAUGUCAGGGAGUAACAUGGAGGACAGGUCAGGGAGUAACAUGGAGGACAGGUCAGGGAGUAACAUGGAGGACAGGUCAGGGAGUAACAUGGAGGACAGGUCAGGGAGUAACAUGGAGGACAGGUCAGGGAGUAACAUGGAGGACAGGUCAGGGAGUAACAUGGAGGACAGGUCAGGGAGUAACAUGGAGGACAGGUCAGGGAGUAACAUGGAGGACAGGUCAGGGAGUAACAUGGAGGACAGGUCAGGGAGUAACAUGGAGGACAGGUCAGGGAGUAACAUGGAGGACAGGUCAGGGAGUAACAUGGAGGACAGGUCAGGGAGUAACAUGGAGGACAGGUCAGGGAGUAACAUGGAGGACAGGUCAGGGAGUAACAUGGAGGACAGGUCAGGGAGUAACAUGGAGGACAGGUCAGGGAGUAACAUGGAGGACAUGUCAGGGAGUAACAUGGAGGACAGGUCAGGGAGUAACAUGGAGGACAGGUCAGGGAGUAACAUGGAGGACAGGUCAGGGAGUAACAUGGAGGACAUGUCAGGGAGUAACAGGGAGGACAUGUCAAUACAACAGCGUGAAUAAAAAUACAACACAACCCAAACAGUUGCUGCUCUCUUUUUUUCCAGGAAGAAGAAAAAGGCAUAAAAG